AUGGCACCCAGCGUUCAUUUCUCCGCCAACCACCUCCGCUGGCCAAACGCUCCGCUCCGCCAGCCUCCGGGCACCGCUGGAGGGUCAGGUCACCGCCGAGCGGAAGUUCACCGCUGGAGGGUCACCGCCGAGCGGCACCGCUGGAGGGUCAGGUCACCGCCGAGCGGAAGUUCACCGCUGGAGGGUCACCGCCGAGCGGCACCGCUGGAGGGUCAGGUCACCGCCGAGCGGAAGUUCACCGCCCAACUUCGAAGUUCACCGCUGGAAGUUCACCGCCCAACUUCGAAGUUCACCACUGGAGGGUCACCGCCGAGCGGCACCACUCGAAGUUCACCGUCGAACUUCACCGCUGGAAGUUCCAAACGCUCCGCUCCGCCAGCCUCCGGGCACCGCUGGAGGGUCAGGUCACCGCCGAGCGGAAGUUCACCGCUGGAGGGUCACCGCCGAGCGGCACCGCUGGAGGGUCAGGUCACCGCCGAGCGGAAGUUCACCGCCCAACUUCGAAGUUCACCGCUGGAAGUUCACCGCCCAACUUCGAAGUUCACCGCUGGAGGUUCACCGCUGGAAGUUCACCGCCCAACUUCGAAGUUCACCACUGGAGGGUCACCGCCGAGCGGCACCACUCGAAGUUCACCGUCGAACUUCACCGCUGGAAGUUCCAAACGCUCCGCUCCGCCAGCCUCCGGGCACCGCUGGAGGGUCAGGUCACCGCCGAGCGGAAGUUCACCGCUGGAGGGUCACCGCCGAGCGGCACCGCUGGAGGGUCAGGUCACCGCCGAGCGGAAGUUCACCGCUGGAGGGUCACCGCCGAGCGGCACCGCUGGAGGGUCAGGUCACCGCCGAGCGGAAGUUCACCGCCCAACUUCGAAGUUCACCGCUGGAAGUUCACCGCCCAACUUCGAAGUUCACCGCUGGAGGUUCACCGCUGGAAGUUCACCGCCCAACUUCGAAGUUCACCGCUGGAGGGUCACCGCCGAGCGGCCCCGCUGGAGGGUCACCACUCGAAGUUCACCGUCGAACUUCACCGCUGGAAGUUCACCGCCCAACUUCGAAGUUCACCGCUGGAGGGUCACCACCGAGCGGCACCGCUGGAAGGUCACCGCUAGGAGUUCACCGCCGAGCACCUCCGCUAGCCUCCAAACCGGCAUAAGAUAA